CAGGAACUGGUUCUGGAGUAAUAAGUAAAGGGAAGGAGGAACCUGGAGGGGAGGCUACAAAACAACAGGAGUCGUAUUGGAUAGACAUUCCACCGCUUAGCUAUGGCUACUAAUGCACCUCUUUACUGACAUGACGAUGUGUUGACGUAGCGCUACAGGAAACAACCAGCUGGUCCUUGAUCCGGAGCUUUUGGCUGAAGAAGUGCAGCGCUGCAGGGCUAGCCUCGCUAACAUCACCGCGGUCACCGGCUGUAUCCUUCCGCUGACACUGCCCGACACCCCGGACACAGGAAACAUGGUGUCCUGGAUGAUCUCGAGAAGCGUCGUGCUGUUUUUUGGGACUCUGUAUCCAGCAUACUACUCUUACAAAGCUGUCAAGACCAAAAACGUCAAGGAAUAUGUACGAUGGAUGAUGUACUGGAUUGUGUUUGCCCUCUACACUGUGGUGGAGACCAUCACCGACCUUACACUGGCAUGGUUCCCUCUGUACUACGAGCUGAAGAUAGCCUUUGUGAUCUGGCUGCUGUCCCCCUACACAAGAGGAGCAAGUCUCAUUUACAGGAAGUGUCUGCACCCUCUGCUGUCCUCCAGAGAGAGAGAAAUAGAUGAGUAUAUCGUGCAGGCCAAAGAAAGGAGCUAUGAGACCAUGGUCAACUUUGGCAAGCAGGGCCUGAGCAUAGCAGCCACCGCUGCUGUCUCUGCAGCUGUCAAGGGUCAGGGCGCCAUCACAGAGAAGCUUCGAAGCCUGAGUAUGCACGACCUCACACAGAUUAGCCAGCAGGACGACGGAGAAGGAAACCAACUCUACCAGUACAGCUCCCGCUCAGCCAACCCCGCCGUCAGGAGAGCUCAGAGCGCCGACGCUGCAGAUGGAGCUGACUACUUUUAUGACCAGGAGGAGAGGACUGAUGAAGAGGGCGAGCCGAUCUUCUCUGAGGACGAGGCCGUCACUCAGAAAGGACUGAGACGAUCGCAGAGUGUCAAGAUCACCCGAUCCAGAGUCCGCAGAGACGCUCGUUACGGAUCCCUGAAGAUUAAAAGCAAGAAGAGACCAGCGCUGAACACUGUGAACUACGGAGUGUGAAAAGAAUAAAGCAGACACACACACACACACACACACACACACACACGCAUACACGCAUACACGCACGCACGCACGCACACAGAGCAGCGUGCUGAUUGGUGGAUGGUAUUACAGCUCUUCUCGGUCUGAGUUUUCACUCUGCUGAGCUCUUUAAUGUAUCCGAUGAUGAGCUUCCUUCUGAAAUAUUUAUUACUUAAUUCAUCCAAAACCGGAGUUCUCUGGGAACUUUUGAUAUUUUUCUUUUGGUUUAGUGGCGUACAUUUUUGCAUGGUCUUGUGUGUAUUUCAUCCGUCGUUCAUUAGAGUUAUAGUUGUGCAGUCUUUUUAGAUUGUUUAGUCUUUUCGUUUCAUUUCAACCAAGCUUUGUGGUCUUACUUUCUCAUGAGGCCUUCUUUUAUAAAGAGUUGAUUAUCUGCAAUUGAUGGCCUAACGGAUAGGUAAAUCAUUUACUCAUGAGAACUCUUUUGGCUUGUGCCUCCAAAGGUUGCUUUGACUUUGUAGCCGUUUAUUUGUCAGGGAGACCCUUACAGUAUCUGCACCCAAACAGGUUUCUGUGUCUAACAGCUUAAUAACACUUACAACUCUAGAUUUAUUGUAUAGUGUCAUUUCCCCUUUGGCCACUUGGGGCCAGCAUGACAAACUUAAAUUAUCCCUUUUUUAUUAAGUUGCAGCAGCGAACGUGUCGAUAACAGUCGCUUAUAUACACGUCCUGCAGACACCGAAUAAAAGUCCAAUAGUCAAGCUCCUUUAAGCUCACAGUACACAGGGAUCAUUUGUCAUUGUUAAUGACUAUGCUGCUACAGACGCAUUCCUCCCCCUCACAAAUGAAGAGUUGACUUUCCAAGAAAAUAAAGUGCACCCUUGUUUAGUUCAGUACACUCUUGCUUUUGCUGCUACAACCUCACCAGGUGUAGCAGUGACCUCCGGUGGCUGGGGAUGUCACAAAAACCCACGCUUUGGUAAACUUUGUAAAACUUUUUUUUCUACACAGUAAGUUCCCUAUCAGAGGUAAAUUCUAACAUCACUGUGACGUUCAGAUGUAAUCUCGUAAAAAUUGUAAGUGUUUAUUGUUUAGUUUUUUUACCGUCGUAUCAAAUUUGGUACCAAGAAUCGUGGAAUUUCCCUGGUAUUUGUAUCCACUACUACAUUUCUGGUAUUGUGACAUCGCUAAUGCUGGCUAAUGUUAGCAAACUGCAGGGCUAUGCAUUUGAACUCAGCAGAGUGAUCUUCUUUCAGCUCGCUGUUUCGGCCCACAGCUGUCCUGCUCUGGUUCACUCUCUCCGCUCAGCUGUCUUCACUGGUUGAAGCUCUGAGCCCCACUGUUCACCAACUCUAACAGCAGACGUGAACUUUAGAAGUCUAAUGAAUGCAACACUUGAGCACCAGCAGAUGAACACUAUCCCUCGUUCCUGUCAGAGGAGGAGAAACCACGAACACCAAUGAAGAGAAGGAAAAGGGAAGAGAGAACCAAAUGAAUGAAACAAAGGGACUCUUUCCAGGUUUCUCUGUGCAGAAUUCCAGCCUUUAUGAAGGCCCAGAACUCCCCCUCACAAUAAUGACCAUUUCCACUUUUUACUUGUGUAUUUUUAUGGCUGUGUGUCCCAAUCACACCCCUGGUUGUUAAUUUUUAGCUGUGUUUUUUUAAAUAUCAGUGAAGAUUUGUUUGAGUUAUUUAAAUCUUAUUUUGUGUGUGUGUGUGUGUGUUACCUUUGAAUUAAACGGAGUCUUUUGUAAGAUAACCACCUGUUUUUGCACAUAUACCUCCUCCCAAACUUUUUUUUCUUUAUCAAUGCUGUUGUUGCCUGUCAUCUCAUGAUAUAAUGUACUUUGCUGUGGGAGGAUGCAGCACACAAUUAGCUUAACCACUCUUGAUGAUGGAUGCUAAUACUAACGGCCCUCUCUUGUGACAUUUUGAAGUUUGGCUCGUUUUUGUCCACUGUUCAUUUGAUGAACAUGUCGCUGUGCUUCUGACUCAGCAGCAGUAAGUUCGGCUGAAGUCAAAUGACUUUAGCAUUCUCCAACCAAAAAAUAUCCCCCAAAAAAUAAGCCAAACUUCCACAUGAUGCCCUUUUAAUCCUCAUAACUGAAUAUUGAUACCAAAGCUUCAUUUACUCACCUGGAAGCUGUGUGGCUGGAUGUUUUUGUGUUUUUUUUAUCUGUGUGGGUAAAAUGUCUGGUGUGUGGAUUAUAAAUUCAAUACAAUAAAUAAG